CAUCUUCACCUGAGAUCCUGUUGAGCUCAUCAGAUCCACCUGCAAGGCACACCCAGGGAUAAAACCACACAGAAGGAACGCACUGCUUUUUCCUCCUAAAUACAAUUUCUCCCUUCAUUGGAAGUGAAGAAAAGAAGAUUUACAGGUAUGGACAACAGAUUGGUCUUCGCAGUUCUGUUUGUGACGCUGUCCUUGGUAGCUGUGGGCACAUACGCAACAAAUACGACAAUGGCACCAAACGUGACAGCCACCGCAACAGCAGCCAACGCUCAAACCACAGCAGCAAAUAACAUGACAACAGGGUCAGGAAACAACAUGACAGGUGCAUCAAAUGCAACAGUGGCACCAACCGUGACAACAGCGCCAGGAAACAACAACAUGACAGGUGCAUCAAAUGCAACAGUGGCACCAACCGUGACAACAGCGCCAGGAAACAACGUGACAGGUGCACCAAAUGCAACAGUGGCACCAAUCGUGACAACAGGGUCAGGAAACAACAUGACAGGUGCACCAAGUACUUCAGUUCCCCCAAUCGUACCCAACACCACGGUGGAAACUCUUCAGACAACUAUUAGUAGAGCAAGAUGCGGGACUGAACAGCUGUGUGCGGGUGAGCCUUCUUCAUGCGACCCCUCCACUGAUGGAUCAUGUUUCUUCCUCGCUGCCAAGCGUCAGAACGGUCAAAACUUUGAGUUUGCGCUCGCAGGAGAGUCAGAUGGAUACCUGGCUGCCACCCUGUCAACUGAUAGCGCACUGGGAGGUAACGACACGACCUACGUCUGUGCAAUCAGCAAUGGUGUUGUGCAGUUCUUUGGUGCUCUUCUCAACGACGGCAAGCUUGUUCGGCAAGAGCUCAACGUGAACUCUGUGAAGGGGAGGGUCACAGGGAGAAAAAUCCAGUGUACAUUUGCUGCCACCGUACCAAUUUCACGAGCAAGAACAACACGUUUCACACUCGGAAUUUCCACUGGAACUUUCGACAGCACUUCUGGUAACCUGGGACCCCCGCAAACACAGUUAAGGAGCAAUGCUGUGAACCUGGCAAAUCCUAGUGCCACAGUCACCAAUGAAGUUUCCACCACCUCCAACUCCACCACCUCUUCCCCCAACACCACCCCCAGCAACCAUGCUAUUACAUUCCAGCAAUCACUGACACAAGCUCUGCUGAUCUCUGCUGCUGUGCUGAGUCUGAUCAUGCUAUGAGGAAACUGAAUCCCCCAUGAAUCAAGCCAAGAAAACCAUAACUUCCCUCUUCACAUACAUAUGCUGAAUAUAAACUGUUCAAUAGCUCAUAGGAACCUAACACAAUACAGUUAGGAUUGUCAGGAUCACACUUAAAGAUGUAUCAACUCACUGUAGGUGAAAGUAGGAGUGGUCAAUUCAUUUGAAUUGCAAACCAAAAGGGCUGCUAAAUCUCUUUCCUACAAGUUAGUUGAUUGCAGGCAAACAUAACAACUCUCUUCUGUCAGGUCUGAUUUAAUCCUCGAAUGGGGUACAAAUAAUACAAUUUCAAUGCUUCAACAGUUAAAACCAUUACAAGUAAUCAACUAUGAGAUUUCCUUAACUCUGUACAUGAUUGAUACACAAUAAAAACCUUGAUUCUGUA